AUGUGGUUGCCCCAAAUCACCACUGAAAAAGUCGUGAUGACUCCAAAUUUCAACCAAGAAGAUAUGGCAGCCCAAAAUCCCACCUAUAAAUAUGUGGUUGCCUCAAAUCACAAGCAAAAAUAUGUGGUUGUCCUUAACCGCACUCAAAAAGAUGCAGUUGCCCUGAAUCUCAUCCCAAAAGUUGUGAUUCUCUCAAAUCUCACUCUCACAGAUGAGGCUCCUCCAAAUUUCAUCCAAAAUGUUGUGGCUAUCCCAAAGCCCCCAAGAAAAGAUUUGCUUGCUCCAAAUUUUUUUUACUUUUCUUUCAUUUUUUCUUCUAUUCUUACAAUUUUAAAAAAUUUGCAUCUCUACUUCUCCCUUAUAAUUCCUGAUUUAAAUUUUAUUCUUUUUCCUCUUUCGCUGCCUCACCUUCUUUCUUUUCUCUUAUUUUCUUCAGUUUCCUUCCCAUUUGCUUUCUUUCUUUUUGUUAUCUAG